AUGUUUUUUAUAAUUGUUUUAGUCCAUAACGUUCUAUAGGUUUAAUCUAAUCGGUAAACAUCUCCAUUUAGCAGGAUUAUUCGAGAAGAAAUCGAUGAAAUAAAUUACUAUACCUCAAAUGUCAAUUAAUCUAUAUUGCUUCAAUUCACAAAGUAUUAAUCAACAUUAUUAGUUAUUUGGGAAUUUUUGAUAUAUCAUUAGCUUCUUUAAAAUAAGGGAAACUAUCCUAAAUUGCAAAAGAAGAUCUCUAAAGCUAUAAUUUGAAGGAAGGUUGCUAACCUUCUGAAGGAGAUGUAAAAUAUAAACAAUUGUUUAAUCUAAUACCAUUACUGAAUGAUGAGACAAUUGAUAACACAUAAGGCAAAAUUAUUGGGCUCUACACUACAACUAAUAAUAUUUUUGUUGUAAGAAGCGAUCUUAAAUUGUUUAUUUUGAAACUCUUCUAUGAUUUGGAUGCUUAAGAAAUUGUUGAUUUAAAAUAGGUAUCCUAUGUAGACUUUAAAACUAUUUUACUAAAUGAAACUGUAACCUAAAAUAUUUCAGAUUCCUUUCUGACAUGUUAUCAACUUUAGACAGAGCUUAUUGAUUGUUAUGUCUUUACAGAACUAGGUACAAUUAAAUUUUCAUAUAACUAAGUAGAGUAAAUUAUGUUAACAUAUGAAGAAAUAAAAUUUUGAGUUUAAAUUAAAUAAAUGUAGAAUUAAGUGCUAAAAUUAAAGAUGUACAUUUGGAUUACUAAAACAAAUUGCUAUUAAUAAUGAGUUAGAUGGAAGUAAUAGUAUUUUAAUUGCGUGCUGAUGGAAGUUUAAGGGAAAUAUAAAAAUUGAUCCUUAGUGCUGACGCUAAUUUGAUGUAGGUAAAAACAAAUAAAAAUGGAACUCAUAUAUUUAUUCUGGAUAAAAAAUUAGGUGUUUUAAUAUAUUAGAUUGAUAAAUUGAAUUUUAACAUUAAAUAGUGUGAUUAGAAUAUUUAGAUUAGAGGAGGUAGAGCAUUUGAUUUUUCUGAAAAAACAAUGUACAUUCUAUUGGAGACAGAGGAUGAAUUUCUUUAUGUUCUAGAAUUAUUUUAUGAUUUAGAAGAAAAAGAAUAUUAUUUUAAUAAAAUAAGAUUCGAGGAACAGGAAAUACAUGAUGUAUACGUCGGUGAAACAUUAACAAUUUUGAUAGGGAGUGAUGUGCAUUCAAUCAUAGAAAAUUAGAUUUAUCAUAAAUUUUAACAAACCGAAAAAUAAGUCUUAUUCAAUAAAAAUAAUUUAGUUGAGUUGAAUGGAUUGUAAUUACCUUGGGUAAAAUAAGUUAAAGAUGGUUAUCCAUUUGAGUAUGGUCUUUUAGAACAAAUUAGGUUUAAAUAUGAUGAAUAAUAUAUGGUAGGAAUGACUGAGAAAGAAAUAAACUUGUUUGUUUUGAAUAAGAUAUUUGCUUGGGUAGUGUGCAAGGCUGAGGAUGCAAAAAGAGAAGUAAAAAUAGUGUGAAUGUAGAUUUAUUAGCUUAGAAUAAAAUCGAAGAGAUGCCCAUCAAUGGAAUAAGAUAUUGAUCCAUUUAUUAUAUGUGAUUCUAGUUUAAACUUUACUUUUGAAGGAUUGGAAGUUUAUUUUUAUGAACAGAAUACAACAUAAUUUCUUGUAAUUGUAUGUUUUGUAAUAUUAACAUUAAUUGGAUUGGUGGUUACAUUUUUAUUUUUUAAAAAUAAGAAUUAUAUAGAGGCACCUAAGGAAUUGUAUGAAACAUAAAUAACUCAAAAGGAUGAUAAUUAUUUAGAUUCAUAAUAGAUACCUACACAGCCAUGA